AUGAAAGAGAACACAGAUUUUGAUUUAAUAAUGGACAGCGUAGAGAGGGACCUACGCUCCGCCGCGAGGAGGGAUAGCGGUAGUGACACCGGAAGUUUUUGUACCAAUCGGAGUCGUCACUCAAGCCGUCUCCCCAGUGGGAAAUCCUCCCAAAAGUGUCCAUGCGAACCGCCACAGAAGGCACACACGCACAACCACCGACGCGUCCUCAAGUGUGUGCUGAGAAGAGGCACUAGGAGAGAUUCCUCAGGUGCCUCCACCCACCAAGAGAAAGAUGCACACACGACGGAAGGUUAUCCGGUCGACGAAGCGGUGACGAAUUGCACCCCAAGUGGGAUGAACCAAAAGGAGCGCACAGAUCGCACCGAUUGGAAGAAGCAUAAUAAGCUAGCAAAGAGAACAACCGAUGUGGCGACCCACACCACGGCACCACAACAGGUACAAGGCUACGUCCAUGAUGACAGAGAUGAUGUGUUCCGGUGCACGGAGGAAGCGGCCAAGCUGGAAAAGAAGCAGAAGAGGAAAGGAGGAAAGUCGCGACCCCCCGCAUCAGAAGUAGACGCGCAAAGGGACGAACCCGCGAAAGGGACGCCUGUUUCGUGUGCGAUCAGCAGGGGGUGUGUGAAACACCCUGUCCAGUGUGAAGGCGAUGAGAGUAGCUACGGUGAUGAUAGCAACCGUGAUGAUAGCAACCGUGCGGGUGACGACAACGAACAUGGUAGCAGCCCCCCCGACCGCUGUCACCACCCCCGCCGAGUGGACUCGAACGAGGAACACAGAAGGAAGCUCAUCAUUUACAAAAAAAAAGUGAACCAAGUGAACAAAAUUCUGUACAAUAUAAACUGCUUCAACAAGUUUAACAGUCUUGAGUUAAGGAAAGGAAUGUCACAAAAUAAGAAGCAAAAGGAGAGGGACGCGGUAGAACCCACCUUUUCCGUCACCCCUUUAUCGAGGUAUGCACAGAAGGGAAGCCCCACAUCCCUCAUCACCUAUGCUCUCCACCCGAAACACCUGUCUCUGCACAAUGAAGAAGAUGCAAGCAGCAAAGACAAUCCAUCCAGUGCGAUGCAUCAAGCCCUUCGCAACUCCCAUAAGGGAAAAGAUACAACUGCUUUAUGUAGAACCCGUACCAAUCUUCACAUGGCGUACCACACCUCUGAUCGCCGAAGUGGAGAGGACUCGCAACCCCCCGACCAAAUCAGCGUCAACAAUUUCCUCAAGAAGAAGAAGAAGAGGAAAAAGAAGGAAAGUGGUGGCAGCGAGGUGGAUAGCGAGACGGCUGAUCAGGGUGCGAACGGAGCGGAAGAAAACUCUUCCACCAGUCUCCACGUGCAAGUUAACCGGGGGGAGAAGUCCCAAAAGGAUGGUAGUAAAUACAGCACAACCUUGACGAACGGCCAAAGGAUGCAAAAUCGAAGCGAACGGGGCGUCAACCCCCCCCAACAGUUCGAAACUCCUCAGAGUAUCUUCCCAGCAGAUGUCACAAACGGAAGCGACAUUGCGAUGGAUACGAAAAAGACUGCCCUGGUAAGUGGACGUGGUGAAGGGGAAGCAGCGACUCUAGUAACCCUACCCUCGAUAAACACAAUCAGCAGUAUCAGGAAAAAUUCCUCUCACAAGAUGCACCCCUCGUGCGAAAAGGAAUACAUCUCAUUCGAUGGAAAGGAUGACAUUUUGGUGUCCACUCCAGGAACAACUAUGACUACUGAAGCAGUUGCAGGGGGUGACAAGAAAAAUAAACGGAGACAGAAAGGAGGAAAAAAACAUUCCCAUCUGAAUAAAUGCCAAGAGGUGGGUAAUCUGGAUAAUCAAUCAGAAACCAGUUAUCAUCACCCAAAUGGAGACAAACAUCUGGAGAGUGCCCAUUUGGAUAAUGUCACACUCAGUUCGAUGUCAAAUCGAGGGGGUCAGCCUCACGUCUCUAUAAAUGACGGAGCGAGCGAGCCGUCCACAUCUAGUACGUCACCUUCACAGCUAAAUUAUAAACACAUUUCGAAAAAGAAAGAGAAGAGGAAUAGGAUGACUUAUCAGGAGAGGGAAACUAUUGGUUCCCAUGGGGGGGGACAACCCACUUCUGCCCUGUUGCAUGUAGCUAGCCAAAAGGGGCGAGAUCAAAAUGGUACAGCUUCUAAACCCAGGAAUGAUUCCAUAGGGCACGCCCAAUUCAGCAGUUUGGCUGCUUCAAACAUGGACGUAGAGACGAACGAAGGAAGAGAAGCAGAACAGAAGAAUGAGAACAAAAGGGGAAGUAAAAAAAAGAGAAGGAAGAGCAAGCGUUUCCCCCCGUCGAAUGGUGCAGAUAACGCCAAAGGUGAAAGCAUCACUAGAUGUGAAAGCAUAAAUAAGGGUAAAAACCUGAGUAACCUUGAAAGUAAUCAACCGGAGGCAUCCCAACUGAGCAGGGAUGAAACAAACCAGUCGGAUUGUCCCUCCAACUCGCGAGAUUAUCACACAAGCGAAUCUACAUCACACGCCAAGGCUCUCCCCAAUGUGCGUCCUAUAUCACUCACGUCGAAUGUAGCUAAAUCGGAAGAAACUGUCAAUACGAAAAAGAAAUAUCAAACGGAAGAUCAUCUAGACAAACUAUCACCACAGAGUUGUGACGAAUUGCCCAACACUGAGAACCUCACCAAUGCAAGUGGGACUAAAAAAAAAAAAAAAAAAAAAAAAAAAAAAAAAAAAAAAAAUUGUACUGAAGAGGUGGACACAAAGGAGUGGCGGCUUGAAUCCACCGACCAGCUCCUCAACUCAAAUGAACAGAAUAAAAUAGGUGAGUCCCCCGAGGAGACAACACUCUACCCGCUUGAAGACAAGGAAAAGGAGUCAUCUCCCAUAAGGCGUGGAACCCCCCAAGUUGAACAUGCCUUUGACGAAAAAAGUAACCCCAAAAAGGCAUCCAAAAGAGGCUCAAAAAAAUCUGCUACGCGGGAAGGGGAAGAAGCAGUAGACUUGCACUCAACUCCACAGGCAGUGGCGUCUAAUGCGAGCGUCCAGGAGGUAGACCGAAGCCAAUCGGGAAAUACCCCAUUUGGUAUCAGCCAAGUGGGUGGCAACCAGCCCAGUGUGAAGCAACCGCCCUCUAACCAACAGCACUCCAACCAUUCGCGUGCCCCCCCCUUGCCCCCAAGGAAAGGGACACCCAAGGGGGGACAGCGAAAGAAGGAUCAUACACAACCCCGGCAAAUUCAUGUAAACGACUCAGCCGCCAUGCAGCCCAUCAUCUGCACAUCAGUUAGCACUUCUUCCAACAUAACCCUGAACCCACUUCCUGUGAGCCAUGGGUUCUGCACCCCCCGAAAUUUAUCAAGCGUGAAUCAAACAAAACAGGAUAGAUUCACCAGCGAAGAUAAUGUUAUUUCCCCAAAUGUAUCGGCUCAGGAAAAGAAGAGUAACGUCACUGGGGUGGACUCCUCUUCUGUUAAUGUGCCUCCUCGUGAUGGCCAUUUUGAUGGGAGGAGUGUACACGAACAAGUAGACAGAAGUGUGAACGGAGGAGACAAUCGAAGCAGCCAACGAAGCGGAAGCCAGUACAGCGCAAGCCCAAACAACGAUAGCCGCCAUAACCGCCAUAACCGGGACAGCCAUGAGGAGGGGGACUACUCCGCAGACGUGCUCAGCGACGACGUCAGCAGCUUCGCCUCGAGGGACUACGCCAACUACGUGAACUACAUGAACUACGUAAACUACGUCAAUCGAAUGAACCCAAUGAGGCAAGGGAAUCGCCUAAGCCACGCAGAUCUCCUAAGCCAUGAGGAUCGCCUAGGACACACCAACAGGGCGCUCCCUCUGCGAACACGCAGAAAGGGGUUCCCACCGAGACACUUAAAAUGGAACUACCCCUCUGGGGUCAGCACCCUCUACGUGGAAGACCUAUGGAGAAGCGAAAAUGAAGGUGCCCCAUUCAACAGGGAACCCUACUUUAGCGAUUUUAAACGUGGAUACGCCAAUUAUAUGAUCAGCGAGGGGGGCUUCGGUGGAAUCGGCGGAAUGAGUGCAAUCAGCCGAAUGAGCGAAGUUGGCCGAAUGAACGAAGUUGGCCGAAUGAACGGCGUGAGCUGGAUGGGAGGUUCCCACAACUUUGGCAAUGGAAACCGAGUGGGCCGCAUGACCGAGCUCAUAGACGGACAAGGAAGCUUCCUCUCAAGAAGACAAAACGACGUACGUAGGAAUAAACCGCGUCGGCUACUUCAGCAGAUGUGUCACCCCCCUCAGCAGCUUCCUAUGCCCCCCAACAGCAACCCCCCCUCGUAUGGAAGCCAUUACGGAGUGAAGACCUUUCCGAGUGGUGCAGCCCAUUGGAAUAAUUACCCUGAUGUAGGUAGAAGCGUCAGGGGAAUGAGCAAUGAGGAUGUGCUCCCUGUAGAGGCAUCUCCUCCUGCCGCGCCAGAUGAAGUAGGGAGGUAUGCCCCCAAUGUGUGUGACGAUCCAAGGAGAAAAAACAGCACUAUUUCUCAUAAUGACGACCUCCAUUACAGCAUUUGUACUUCGAUCCGAAGUAGCAACAGAGCAUUUAAUAAAAUUGGACCCCCUCACAGUGACUACCAUUAUGUGCACAGGAAAGGAGAUCCGUAUGAGGACGCGAAAGGGACAUAUCGCCACGUUAAACAUGACCCGUUCGCAUGCAGGCAUCUGAGUUACCUAGGAGGGUAUAACCUUGGAGUGAAAACCCUAUGGGAUGGUGCCCCUUACAAUAAUCCCCUGGUUGUUCCUUUUAACAAAAUCGGUCUGCCCCCGAUUGGAACCACCGAAAGAGGUGCGCAGCAUAGCAUCGGCUGGAGCGGUCACCUCGGCGGGAGCAACGCGAACGUAGGAAAUAACUUCCCCGUGGGGGAUAACUACCCACCAGGCAGCAGGCCCAUGAUGUCAAACCCACAAGGAUCAAACACCGCCCCCCUGUACCCAGACCCAACCGCUUCCCAUCAGACCAUCCAACUGAACCGGGAAAAAAUGACAUUUCCCCCUGCGUACAAGUGGGACGUCUACGCCAAAUUUCACCUAAGAAAGAAGAAAAAAUAUCUCAACGAUGAGCAGUACAGACAAAGCGGCAUGUACAGUGCAGACACAAGUGUCUAUUUUUCGAACGACAUUAACAGAUUUAAUGCCAUGUGUCCCCUUGAGUACAGCCGUCUUGUGAACACAUUUGCUGGCUCGUAUGGCAACCCAUCCCACGCCUUCUACCAUAUCCCCUAUGACGUCAUUCCCCCCAUGGGAAUCCUUCUACGAGAUUUCCACCCCGUUAGAAGCGCCCCGCAUUUUGCGAAUCUUACCAAGGAGGGGAACUUCGCCAAGGGGGACAUCCUCGGUGAGAACUAUCGACCAAGUCAGCAUACGACGUAUCAGCAGGGAAGAGAUGCACACGUGGGGUACUCACAAGAAGGAAAUGCUAACGUAAGCUACCCCCAUGAAGGACUUCUCCCCCCUCUGGACGAGCCGCACAUCUCCCAAAGUGCCAACCCCACCCCGUCAGGAUGCCCAAGUGAAACUGGGGAAGCCACGAAACCGGGGAACAACAACACCUCGAAGGAGAAAAGAAAAAACAGGGGCACUCUGCCCAAUGGAAGCAUAGUAGAAGAAGAAAAGAUCCCGGAGCGACAACGUCCAAGUGGGCACAAAAUGGAAGAGGAAACUAAAAGGGAUGUCAAAUAUCCGGAUAGCCACAUGGUAAAUCAAACUGAGUCGAAAAACUUCCCAUCUGGUGAUGACUCAAGAGUGCCUACCCAAGAGGACCUAUCGAAUGGGUACGAAGUCAUCGACAAGGGGGGAGCUCCACCAGUGAGACUCCAGAAAGAGAAGAAGAAAAACAAGUUAGCAUUUCCGAAUCAGAAGAAUGAAGAUAAGACAAACGACUAUAACGAAAUGGUAAGGAAAUACAACGAACUUAAAAAAUGCAGCCAUGGAAACGUCUCAGUGGAAAAAAAUGAUGAGGAGGAGGACUACUCGGUAGAAGCAUCCACGAUGGGUGCAGCGUCUUGUUUUUUCUCCAAAGUAAAGGGAAGGAAUGCGAAGCAGCAUGACAAGGGGGAGACCACUGCCAUGCAGGGCAUACACAACGACGAAGCCUACCCCCAUGAGUAUCCUAAUCAUGACGCCUCUAAAAAUAGCGCACUUCUUCAAUGUAAUGAUGCCGCCCAAAAGCAGAGAAGCCAAAGAUGCGUCACUCUAAGUCACUACGAUAAGGUCUUCGCGAGAAGGAGUCACCUUAUCCUCCCAAACGACAGAAGAAUUUUAUCUCUAAACCUAUAUGAUGAGCAGAACAACACACCAACCGCUCCCCUCCAAACGGAUUUCUCCCUCCUGUUGCGAAAAACAGAAGAACUACUAAUCGACCUGCUCAGAAAGGUAAAACCGUCCAAAGAUAUCAAACGAACGAAGCGAAGGAUCUUCUCUCUUUUGUCUAAGCUAAUAAAGCACUUGUUCAGGUGUGACAUCAAAAUAUAUACCGUUGGUUCUAGUGCCUACGGGGUGGACUCAAAAACAAGCGACCUCGAUAUCGUCAUUCAGGCCAAUCGCUACGACCCCAAGUAUAUCCUGCGCAAUAUUUACGACUACAUCGUGGAGAUGAAGACAAGGCGGGAGAGAGAGGAAAGGGAAAAAGAAAAGCAUCAUGAAGCAGUGGAGAAACAAAACGAACAGGAGGAGAAUCCAAACGGCAAGGAUGCCAACGACAACCCCGCAACCAACUCAACAAUCAACGUGACAACAGAUGAGUGCCAUUUGGACGUCCCUAACAAACGGAACAGCACAGAUACCACCCCCCUACACCCAUCCGAAUGUGCCUUCUUCGACAACGUACAGCUACAAUUGGUCGAUUCGGCCAGAGUCCCUAUCCUAACACUGAGAAAAAAUGACAUCGUCUGUGAUGUCUCUGUUAAUACAGACAACUCAUUGAAGCACACUGAAUUUUUUUUAAGUAUUUUAAAAUGUUUCCCUAACUUAAAAAAUGUCAUGAGGAUACUGAAGCUCCUUCUCAAAGUUAGGACCCUACCAUCGAUGAAACAGGGGGGACUGCCCACCAUCCUCUGGAUGAUGCUCUCCGUUUGUUAUUGCAGGCUUCCAAUAGAGAGCAGUUCAUUUUAUAAAUCUGGCGAGAAAUACCCCUUGAGGGAGAAUGACCAAGAAAAGGAUCAGAGGGGGAUGAAAAAUUGCCAGAGAAACGGGAAAGAAGGAGAAACCUCCAUUGCUACAUGCGCAGUUACCACUGCUACGGAUGAAGCGGGUGCAAUCCUCCCGUGUGUUGCUCACAUGUCGACAGUUCCAUCGAAGGGAACAGAUACACACCACCUCAAAAGAACAGGCCCAUCAGGUGACCCUCUCUGUUCUGUCGACGGAGAAAAAAGUCAACACCUAAACGGUGGUUACUACCCUGAGGGGGAGCCAACCCGUAUUAUGCAGAAAAAACCCAUCGAGUGGAGCCCCGGAAGUUGCAGAGAAAACACGAAGAGGUCACCUCUUACAAAACGGGGAGGCAGAGAUAUUCUGGGUGAAGAGGCAGCCCCCCAUGGCAACCCUCCCAUUAAUACAGACACGAAAACGUUGGAGAACUCCACGCACAGAGAAGAAUCACAACGAGGCAAUCAAUCGAAUGCUCCAAAUAAGGAAAACACAAAAGAAGAGAGAUAUAUCAGUGGAGAGAAAAAAACUGAGGGCAAAUCGCCAGCCGAUGUAAAACACAAGAAACGAUUGAACGAUGUGACGACUUCACCUGGUUACUUCGCUCAGACGGGUGAACUACGUAGCAGCUCGCUUCCACACCACGGGGGGAGAUAUCACAGGGGGGAAAAAACCCCCAAAUCGAACGAUCCAAAUAAGACACUUCAUUACCGCCGUAGCAGUGAGGGGCAUCUGCACAGAGGACUCUCUAUCGACUCAGCUGGACACGAACCCCAAAGUGCCAUAGACGAUCGUGAAAAAGGAGAUACCCUCCCCAGUGGUGAAGCCAAAUGCAAAGUGGAUGAGAUGCACAUCGGCACGUCGAUUUCGUCAGGAAGGUCGCCAAUCCCCAAUGGGGGGGUCAACAGUGCGCUUUGUGAGAAACCCAUGGAGAGGGAUGACAAAAAGGAGGAGGACGAGAUUGAAGAAGGCAUCGAAAAGGAGAUCGAAAGGGAAACCCAAAAGGAGGCCGAAAAGGAUGAAAACAAAAACGAAGGCGUCUGCAAAGAUCAAACGGGCGAAAAGGACCAAACAGGACAGACAUGCCAAGCGGGCCAAACCGCGGCCGAUUUCUCCAGCAUGUCGUGCCACUUAGUAGAGAAGAUAUUCUCUCAAAACGAGUACGAAGAAUCAAGCGUCAACUCGUGCUGCCAUCAUUACGCAGAAUCGUGUAAACAAGAUUGGGAAAGCGAUGUAGGGGGAAGCGAUGGUGUAGGGGAACCCGAGCGCGUAUCGGCGCUUCCAAUGCACUGCUCCCAGCGGCUCUCCAGCUGCUGUCGCCCCAAUUGUUUCGAUUCCUCCCUUACACAAUCGACAAGGGGUAAGAACCCACACACACACCAGCAGAAGCGGAAGAGAAACAUCCUAAAGAUAAUGCACCGUAAUGGUAAAAUCCUGUCCCAGUUCGAGCCCCCCAUGGGAGUCGCACCCAAUGAGGAGGGAAAAAAUAAAGGCCCCGCAAAAUGUGUGAUGAAUCCGAAAAGUGGACGAAGAAAAGACUUCAGAAAUAGCCUCAUUGGGAGGGAAGACCAGCCUGAGGAGAGCCACAGCGCAGUCAGCGAGAGCCAUCUGAUGGCUCUCGCCCCUCUGUUUUACUCCCUCAUGAUUCUUUUCAACGAACUGAACUCCAGAAAGAAGCUAACCAAAACGAUAAACAUCAUCGAUGAGGAAAAAUGUCACCUGAAGAAUACAGACGAAAUCAACAAAAGAUUGCUGUCGUCUGUGUGCCACGGGGGGGUUUGGGACGAGCUCCUUACUCUCUACGACCCCAUUUAUAGCUUUAACUACGAAAGGUACAUUUGCCGCGCGAGCGGCCAUGUGGAGGGCGCUGCGAAGGGGCAUACGAACGGCUAUGCGAGGGGCCAUACAAACGGCCAUACAGACGGCCAUACAAACGGCCAUACAAACGGCCAUACAGACUUCCAUGCGAACGGCUAUGCAACCGCUGCUACACCUGCGGACGCCGGUAGGCCCACCGACAGGGACGCUGUCACACCCGAAGAGCAAACCCAGACCCGUCUUACGAAAAUGACAGAAGCCAGCCACAUGUAUAGAGAGAACUUUGGGACAGACUGCUACCCGAGGGACGACAUCACGUGUUCAAGAUGGUCCAAAGAAAAAACAAAAAGUCUAACCCCUGAUGAGUGUCCUAAGAGUGGAAGCUCCACUGCAAUGACUUUCUGCAAUGCCAGGGAGGUACACCAAAUCCCCUGGAAGGAUCAAGGCGAAGAGGAUACAAAUGUGGAAAAGCAGGUGGAGAAAAAAAAUAAAAUCACAAGUGAGUCCUUCUUCUCAAUGCUCGGCGAUGUAACGGCAUUUUAUAAAAUAGACAGAGGGAUACACUCAGAGAAACGCUCACGUAAACAUGAGAGUGUAGUGAAUGGAGGUGCUCAUUCCGUGAGCGCAGAUCGAGUGAAGUGUGGUAGCCAGCCAUAUUCGGAUCAUCCCCCCUCGAAGGAAGUGAAAGGUCCUUUGGUUGGAGAUACUGUGAACACGUGUGAUGCAACCAACCCAGGGAAGGAAAUUAAAAUCGGCGAAAGGGUCGCCAGCGGGUGCUCCAUCUCGACCAGCAGUAGUAGCAGCAUUAUGGGAAGCGGCAUACGAAGCGACAUCCGACGGGGCAACGAUAUCCACUGGAUCAACCUACACAAAUCGCAUACUCCUGAGGGCUAUUUUUUAAACGGUGAGAAGAGGACCCCUCCUCCUGGUGGAAGGGCCAACCAUGCGAUAAAUACAGACAUAGAAACUGAAGUUGACGUAGCAGAGGAAGAGGAUAAGAAGAACCUGUUGCUUCUUCCGAGAGCACCCCAGUUAGACUCUCAAUGCAACAUCGCAGGUGGGGCGCCCCCCAGGAGGGACUCAUAUGAGGAUGCUAAACAGCCUAGUCAGCUCUACUCACCUCAUCGAAAUUAUAACACAGGAAUGGUAGAAGCAUGUGGAGGGUAUAUAUCAAACGGGUUUAAGGCAUCUCCUCAGGGCCCAAUGCGCAAAGGAGAUCGCCCCUCCAUGAGCGAAAAUCCCCCAACGAGAAGAAGAGAGCAUCAUAUGAAUGACGAGGAAGUAACGGCAACCAUGGUGGAUUCACUUCGUCCCAACGUCGAACGAGUUACUCAUUUCUCCGCCAGCCGCUCCAACAUUGCCUGGGGAAGUCUUCUCCAUCUCGAUAUGCGCAACCCCGCUGUAACUACGUCCGGAAGUUACUUCACUGGGGUCCCCCUGGCGAGCUCAUUCUCCCCCGGCGACAGGAUAUUGCCUCCUAGCAUAGACAGAAAUUUUAGGAUUCAUCAAAGGGCCCUCCACAUAUGCUCCAACGAAAUGGAUACUUAUAUGAGUCAACACCGAUGCAGCGUCACAUCGAAUGAGCAGAAUGCAAGCGGCUUCAAGUUCAACCAUAGCAGACACCUCACAAAUAAUGGAUUGGCAAAAGAGGAAAAAAAUAACAAAUUGGGUAAUCGCGUGGGAGGGGGAACAACCGCACGGACUUUCAUUCAAACGAAGAAAACCAUGCGGACAUUCGAAAAGAAAUACGAACAGAAUAUCGACUUGGCAGGAAGGGUCAGCAGCGCCACGUGGUUGAUAUAUCUCUAUGAGCUGAAGCGAGCUAGCUUUUUUAUUAACUAUUACCUGCACCAUUUGCAUCUGUUCAUCUGUUUUAAGAAGCAUUUCAAUGGGGGUGGAGAAGAAAAAUCAAAUGGGCCGGAAGGCACCCAAAAUGGGCUAGAAGCCACCCAAUAUGAGCCGCAAACCACCACUAAUAGGGACCACCAAGGAACAGAUAUGCCAAACCCCCCCUACGACGCACAAACGAGGAUCAUCAGAAACUACGAGGUAUUGCAAAAGAAGCAGUGGCUCACCAUCAAGAUAAAAUCAAGAGACGAACUGGCAGAUACAGACAAAUCAAGUCUUCAAAGGGGGGGGAAGGUCGCCUUGCCACAUGCAACCUUCCCAUUGCUCAGCGAGACGGAGCAGCCAAUCGUCAUCGACAAAUAUGACCAAUUGGAUCUCUUUAAGAAACAGUCACCUCAAGGGGGAAAGAAAAUCCACAGCGAUGAAAAGAUGGAGAAAACAAACAACCUGGACCCCAUUUGGAAAAUCAUCCUGAAGUGCAUUUUGCAAAAUCUAAAAUGUUGCAUCCAUGCACUGUUCGAACGGAUAGAAGGAGAAAUAUAUGUCCUUCCCUUCCGUCCUCAGCUGGAAACUUCUCGGGUGUGCAGAAACAGUAAGGAGGAGGUACCUUCCAAGGGGAAUCUUCCCAAUGAUGGAGAAAGGGAACAACGAGGAGGACCAUUUGCAACCCCAAGAGGAGAAAGCACCGAAGAUUGUCGCAAAAUGGACGCACUUCCAACCGAUGCCGAAACGCAUAGCCAAAAAAGCAUGGACGCAAAACAUCACAACGACAGAGGACGCAUUUUGGACGACCCCACAGAUGCAGAGAACCAAUUCGCCCUUGUCCUGAUAGAGGGAAAACUAGUGUUCGUUAAAUUCGUCAAAAUUUGCAUCGAUCGGAAUAAAUUUUGGGACGAAAGCUUUCUCUGCAGGAGAGACAUCAGGACAGUCAUCCACGCCAAGGCUCUGGAUGUCCUCUUCAUUUCAAACAAGGCAAUUAAAACGGAGCACAGGAAAAAAAAGAAAAAAAAAAAAAAAAACCAAGAUGAUAGAAAAAUUCACCCAAACAGUGACACAAACGCGAAUGGAAAUCUCGAAAAACGAAUUUGCACCUCCAGCGAUACGUCUGACUUGGAUCAAAUGCUGCUAGAGGAUAACUCCUUGGACGAGGAUGAGCCCUUCUGCAUGAGGGACUCUACGUUAAGUCACUUCCCCUGCGCUGAUAAUGAGAACGUUCAAAAGGAUGUUGCUUCCCCCGGGGGGGAGAUCAAACGCCAGGAAGCCGCUACGAACGAGCCCAAAGGAAAAACGAAUCAGCUACCCGAAGAGACCAACCAUUACCUUGAGGACCAGGCGAAGAGGACCAUGAAAUGCUGGGAUUACAAAAAGGAGAAACUGAAAGCAAAGUGCAGUAAUUUUAUUUACAACUCGAGAAAUGACUACCUUGGCCUUCUGGUGGAACAGAACGGGGGGGUCAGGGAUCGGAUGGUCCGGGGGAAGGCAGGUCAGCCGGGUCAAACAAGUGAACCGUGCGAGUCGCUGAACCCAGAGGAGCCGCCCAAACCAGAUGACAUAUUCCUCAUCAACCCGUGCAACUUCGUAACGCGUGUGAACAUAAAGACAGUGUACCUACGUCGAAGAAACCUCAACGAGGAAGUGACAGGCACCAUUUGCGAAAGGGCUCACCUGAAGGAAAGUCAGAUGAGGAAGAUUUCCAUGCUGCGCAAAGAGGGACAACCCCUGUCGGGAAGCACAGUACCGUUCGACGGAACGGAACAGAGCAACUGCCAAACAAAGGAACAGAAGGAGACACCACUGACCAAUGACGACAUAUACUGCGUACGAAUCAUCCCAAGAAGCGAAAUAAUGAGAUACAAAGAACUAAUCCGGAUUACGAAAAACAGUCCCUUUUAUCACAGGAAGGCCAAGCACAUUUCUAACAAUGCCAAUCCCCCCUUGCAGCAACCUGUGAGUGUGUGUUACUUCUGUCAAACCAAGGGAACCUUUAAUGUCAAAACGAGCCACUUUACCCUUUCCCAUGUGGACACCGAUGUUGCGGAGAGUAUCACCCAGUUUCUCCGUCAGUUGAUACAUGGGAAGUGUGUCUCUCCGCAGCUGGAGCAGUAG